CUCACAGAUUGUUGUUGUUGUUUUUGUCCGGUGAUUACACACUUUAUGGUUUUUGUCCAGUUUUUGUUGUUUUGAUUUAAUAAUUUGUAUUUUACGAAUUUGCGUACUUCAAUAAAAUGUGGAUUUGACUAGAAAUAAAAACCUAUGGUCAAUACUUACACAGUAUUUUUAUAAGUUUACGUGCUUACACUUGCAAAAGUUUUUUGCCGGUAUAUUAAACGUUUGUGAAGUUUAUUAUUAUUAUUAUAAUACCCAAAUUAAUCGGGUUGAAACCAUUAAUUUAUAACCAAACUUUAAAAUGAGCAAUAAAUCAUCAAAAAAGGAUACCAAACCGAAAACUAAACAUGAUGAGAAAAUUGUUAAAAGUUCAUCAAUAUUUACGGGUUCGUUUGGAAAAAUCUUUUUUAUUUCUGCUCUACUAGCAGGCCUGUCUUCCUAUUAUGUGUACAAGCUACUUACGACUCCUCCAGAUAUGCCUAAACUGGAUCUUGAUGAAUACUGGGGACCUUACCCUAUGGAUCCAAAGCCAGACUUGUCCAUACAACCGUAUGAGAUAGAAUUUAGUGAUAUAAUGAUAAAUGAUCUGAAAGAGAGACUCCUACACCGAAGGCCCUUCCCCCCACCCCUAGAAGAAGUUGGUUUCACUUAUGGGUUCAAUACCCACUUCCUGACAAGAGUGCUUGAUUACUGGCAGAAUAAAUACAACUUCAAAGAAAGGGAACAGUUCUUUAAUAAGUUUGAUCAUUUUGUAACUAAUGUUCAAGGAUUGGAUGUACACUAUAUGCAUGUGAAGCCACGAGUUGCUCCUGAUAUUAAGGUGAUCCCACUUCUGAUGUUACAUGGCUGGCCGGGAUCUGUCCGGGAGUUCUACGAAGUUAUACCAAAGCUCACAACACAGCACCCGGGCUACAAUUUUGUAUUCGAGAUCAUAGCCCCUAGUCUGCCUGGGUUUGGAUUUUCUCAGGCAGCAGUGCGCCCCGGUUUCGGUCCAACAGAAAUGGCGAUAGUAAUAUCGAAUCUCAUGAAGCGAAUUGGACACGACAAAUAUUACAUCCACGGCGGAGACCUUGGUCACAUGCUUGGAUGUAUUUUAGCCACUUUUUUCCCACAAAAUGUACUGGGUUUUCACACUAACACCCCUUUAUUGAUGUUUCAUCCUCUGGAGAAUAUUUUCACAUUGUUGGGAACAUUAUGGCCGAGCCUGAUAGUUGAGCCACAGUUGCAAAGCCGUAUGUAUCCACUCAGCGAACAUUUGAUGAGACUAGCGGAGGAGUCUGGAUACCUCCAUAUUCAAGCCACCAAACCUGACACCAUUGGAAUAGCGUUAACGGACUCCCCGGCCGGUCUUGUAGCAUAUAUCCUGGAGAAGUUCUCCACUUGGACAAACGAUGCGUACAAGCGCGCUGGCGACGGCAACCUGCUGGCCAAGUUCAGCUUGAUGCACUUGUUGGACAAUGUGUUGGUGUAUUGGUCCACCAACUCCAUCACCACAUCCAUGAGGAUAUUUGCCGAGACUGUGAACAAGCGGUUCUUUGCAAUGAGGCUUGAUGAAAUCCCAACCGAAGUACCAACAUGGGGUAUCAAAUUCAAGCAUGAUCUAGUGUUUCAUCCUGACUCUAUGUUAAAGUUGAAGUUCAAAAACUACCUCCACAGCACUAUAGUGGAGGACGGCGGACACUUUGCGGCGAUGGAGAACCCGGAUAUACUGGCUGCCGAUGUGUUCGACGCUGUCAAUACGUUCCUACAGUUUCACAACCAGAGCAAGAGUCCAGGACCUCAAGAUAAUAAAGUUCAAGGAGACCCCAAUGCAGCACAAACAAUUUACGAAUUUUCUGUGAAAGAUAUCUACGGAAGAGAGGUUAAACUUGAGAAAUACAAGGGAUAUGUGCUCCUGAUAGUCAACGUCGCCUCACAGUGCGGCCUCACAGAUACCAAUUACAACCAGCUAAACGAAUUGUAUGAGAAAUACGCCAAAAGCAGGGACCUGCGUAUAUUAGCCUUCCCUUGCAACCAAUUCGGUGGCCAAGAACCAGGCACCGAAAAGGAAAUAAUCAAAUACGCCAGAGAGAGAAACAUUAAGUUCGAUAUCUUUGAAAAAAUCGAAGUUAAUGGUGAAAAUACACAUCCGUUGUGGAAAUUUUUGAAACGAACCCAAAGCGGCACGUUUGGUGACUUCAUUAAAUGGAACUUUUCCAAGUUUAUCGUUGAUAAGAAUGGAGUGCCCGUUGAAAGAUUCGGACCUAACGUCAAUCCAAUCGAUUUGGAACCACAUUUGGCUAAAUAUUGGUAGUAAGGUGCCUACUAAUUUUAAGUUAACAAGAAAUUGUACUAAGAGUCCAUUAAGUACUGAAAUUUCGUGUUAUAAUACUUUAGUGAGCCUGACGUCCAUCCAAAGGUGACAGCACACACCAUAUCAACUCGGAAACGUAACGUCACUUUUAUUUGAAUUCUGACUCCAUCAGACUUUUCUUUGACCAAUGUCAUAAGACUGUGUUUUAUUUAGUAACAACUAGUAUAAACUAUUUACUUUGCUGCCACUCCAGUCUAAAGAUAAAUGUUGCGACUUAGCGUUUGGGAUGCUCGAUCUUAAGAAACUAGGAACUUUAUAUUAAGUGGCCAGCUACAAGCUCUGAUUAAUUAGGUUCAAUUUUUGAACAAUUUGCUGUUUAUUUAAUCUCACACUGUAAUCAUACUUAAUGUAUAGUCCAUACAAAAUGACAUCUCACGCGCCAUUUUAACUCUACGGGUCAACUGGUUAUGUUGAAAGAACAGUUCACCUUUAAAAUAAGAACGAAAAUUGUUCUUUUGGCAUGCUAUGUCACAUAAAGUUAAAACGGCGCGUUGAGAACUCCUUUU